UCAGUGAUCGAAAUGUUAGAUAUUCCUACUCAGUUUACAUGUUAUUUCUCGCCUAUCACUUUUACAUUAGGGUUUUUACUAGUAUUGGGGUAAAUUGGAUAUAUAUAUAAAAGAAUGUGGAUGAAUUCUAAUUAUUUUUUUUCUAGGAACAUGAUUGCCAAGAACUACCGGAUAUAUCGUAUUUUCAACAACGUGUUUAUCACAAGAAAUGUUAUUACUGAUUGGCAGCUGAUUAAGUCUACAUCGAUGGUAGUUGUGACUGAUAUGGUGAUUCUUAUUAUUGGAUUAGCAGUGACGCAACCAAGACCCACCAAGGUGAUUGUAUCAACAUCAUUAUAUUAUUGGGAAUGUUCUACUAGUAGUAAUGUUCGUUUGGUGUUUUUGAUCAUUCCAAGUGCAUAUGCUGCUGUCAUGUUGUUUGUGGCCACUUUUCUUGCAUAUAAAACAAGACUGGCAGACAGACGAUAUAAUAAUUAUAGUGAAUGUCGACAAAUGGGACUUUCAGUUUAUAACAUUUUGUUUUCAGCAUUAGUUGGUUAUUCAGCAUUGGUCAAUCCAUUGGCGGAUUUCUAUACACGAUUUUAUAUGGGUGCAAUCUCGAUUCUUUGGGCAACCACAUUUUCUCUUCUUGUCCUAUUUGUACCUAAAAUGUAUGCAUUUUAUCGACUUGAAUAUGUCCGCGACAAAAAAACUAGUCCUUCCAGUAGUCGUCAACAAAACUCUCAUAGUAUGGAUCAUCAACCUUCCUUUUUAAAGCCUAUGCCGGAUACGGAUGGUUCCUGUUCAGGUGACACGACAACAACAUCAAGUUCAUCCGGAAGAAGACGACUCACAAAACAACAACAAGGAGAUAAUGAAUUAGAUCAAUAUAAGCAUUUACAAAUGAUUCAAGAGGGUGAAAUGCCUGUGCGGAAGGUGUUUCGGUACUUUCCUUAUUUGGCACAGUGGCAAAUGCAGCGGAUUAUGGUAUUUCCUUGGCUUGGCUAUGUAUCGCAUUUCGCACAUCAUAAAUCUCAUGGCACGGUGAUGGGAUAUUCUAGAACAUCCUUGGAACAAGAUGAAGGCAAUUAUAUCUUACGUAUCCAUGGUCAAGGAUGGUAUGAUUUAUAUAUUCAAGUGGCUAACAAGGAAACCAUGGAAAUUUGGCAAACCUGUUUUGAACCGUGUGACCCUCCUCGUUUAGAUCAAAAAGACAAUGAAGAUGAUGUAUCAAUCUUACCGGAUUCUUCUUUUUCUCAUGAUCUUCUUUUAGUCCCUAUGACUCCAACCAAGUCUUCUUUAGUUACCGAAUAAUAUAUAUAUUUUUUUUUAUUCUGCUUAUUAUUUUUUUUUAGUAUAUUAGUGUUGAAAUACAUAUCUUUUAUGCUAUUCCACCCUUGUUUGUACAUACAUUCCCCUCCAAUCAUAAUAAACGUUUUGUUGUUGGCAUUAUUUUGAUGCUCCGGU